AUGGUAACAUGUUUUCAUUCGAAUCGCUUGUAUUUAUUCAAGUCUAUUUGUUAUAAUGGGUUUAUCUCAUUCAAAUACUACUCUCGCAUACCAUCGAUCGUUCGUUACCGAGCACAAUCCAAAACUUUAGUCACACAAAAGAUCGAUUCACCCGAAUAUAAAACUUUAUUGACACCAUCGUUAUUGAAAUUGGCUGACUUAUUCAAAGCGAAUCAAUAUGAAUUGCGCAUGGCUGGCGGUGCUGUACGAGAUCUUCUUAUGGGUAUUCGUCCACAUGAUAUAGACUUUGCCACAACAGCUACACCUGAUCAAGUAAAACAAAUGCUAUCCGAUGCGGAUAUUCGAAUGAUUAAUGCCAAUGGUGAAAAGCAUGGAACAAUUACAGCUCGUCUUGAUGAUAAAGAAAAUUUUGAAGUGACAACAUUGAGAGUCGAUGUUGUCACAGAUGGACGACAUGCCGUAGUCGAAUAUACUAAAGAUUGGCAACUGGAUGCUAGCCGACGAGAUCUCACUAUCAACGCUCUUUUUCUCGAUUUGGAAGGCAUUGUUUAUGAUUAUUUCAAUGGUAUCGAUGAUCUAAAACAUCGUCGCAUUCGGUUUGUUGGCGAUCCAGUCGAACGUAUACGAGAAGAUUAUCUUCGUAUAAUUCGAUACUUUCGGUUUUUUGGUCGACUUGCCAAUGAUAAUGCGGUGCAUGAUGAAGAAACAUUGAAAGCUAUUCGAGAUAAUGUCGACGGAUUAAAUAAUAUUUCUGGUGAACGUCUUUGGAUCGAAUUAAAACGUAUUGCGGAAGGACGAAAUGCCGGUCCAGUUUUGAAAACCAUGCUUGAACAAAAUACGGGUCAAUAUCUUGGUAUGCCCACUGAUUGCAAUUUGAAUCAAUUAGAAGAACAUUGGAGAAAGUGUUAUCAAGCGAAUCCACAUGCGUUAACUAUAUUGACAAAACUUUUUCGUAAUAUGGAUGAGUUAGCCACAUUUGAAAAGCGUAUGCGGUAUUCGAACGAUUGUCGUCGUUUAGCUCAACUAUUAGUCGCAUUUCGUGAUUCCAUAUCUCCGCUCAAUUCAACAUCGGCUGAUUCUUUGAAACCAUACAAAGAUCUUCUUGCUGACUUGUCUGUAUUCGAUCCAGAUGUUAAAGAGAAAAUACUAGAACUACUCAAGUAUCAACAUCAUUUAAAAGAAGCUCAACAGUUCGCUGAUUGGACUUUACCACAUUUCCCCAUAUCUGCAGGAAUGCUUGCAUUGAAGCGCAUCAAACAAAAUGGUAAUUACAAGAUAAUUAUGAAUGAACUUCGAGAUGCAUGGAAGAAGUCAGAUUUUCAAGCAACUGAAAAACAAUUGCUUGAUGAAACAUUACCCAUCAUUUUGAAGACUUUACCAACUACUAUUGCUACAAUGGCUAGUCAAGAGAGUAAGAAUAUGAUUCCGCCAAUAUAUACAACUCCGAAGAAACGUAAAAAGAAAGAACUCACACCCGCGGGUAUUUCAAAAGCUACUUAA